AUGCUGGACCCAACCAACAGGAACGCUGGGCCCAAUCAACAGCAACGCUGGACCAAAUCAACAGGAAUGCUGGACCCAACCAACAGGAACGCUGGACCAAAUCAACAGCAACGCUGGACCCAAUCAACAGGAACGCUGGACCUAACCAACAAGAACACUGGGCCCAAUCAACAGGAACCCUGGACCCAAUCAACAGGAACGGUGGGCCCAACCAACAGUAACACUGAGCCUAAUCAACAGGAACGCUGGGCCCAACCAACAGGAACGCUGGGCCCAAUCAACAGGAACGGAACGGUGGGCCCAACCAACAGUAACACUGAGCCUAAUCAACAGGAACGCUGGACCCAAUCAACAGCAACGCUGGACCCAAUCAACAGGAACGCUGGACCCAAUCAGCAGGAACGCUGGACCCAAUCAGCAGGAACGCUGGACCCAACCAACAGGAUCGCUGGACCCAAUCAGCAGGAACGCUGGACCCAACCAACAGGAACGCUGGACCCAACCAACAGGAACGCUGGACCCAAUCAGCAGGAACGCUGGACCCAACCAACAGGAUCGCUGGACCCAAUCAACAGGAACGCUGGACCCAACCAACAGGAACUCUGGACCCAAUCAACAGGAACGCUGGGCCCAAUCAACAGGAACGCUGGGCCCAAUCAACAGGAACGCUGGACCCAAUCAACAGGAACGCUGGGCCCAAUCAACAGGAACGCUGGGCCCAAUCAACAGGAACGCUGGACCCAAUCAACAGGAACGCUGGACCCAAUCAACAGGAACACUGGACCCAAUCAACAGGAACGCUGGGCCCAAUCAACAGGAACGCUGGACCCAAUCAACAGGAACACUGGACCCAAUCAACAGGAACACUGGACCCAAUCAACAGGAACGGUGGGCCCAAUCAACAGGAACACUGGACCCAAUCAACAGGAACGCUGGGCCCAAUCAACAGCAACGCUGAGCUGGUAA